GUGAGGAGGAGAGUGUGUGUGUGUGUGUGUGUGUGAAGCGGCGCCGUAAUCGUUACAGCUCCAUUGCCCGUAAUACGUGCACGGUGCCGAAAAUGGCCCUGAACCCCAACGCGGUGGGGAAAAAGGACUCAGAAUGUACCGACACGGGCGAUCUGCAACCGGAGGGAAGCGAACCCCACAAGAAGUCAGCCGCCACCUCGGCCACAGCCAACCAAAAUGGCGAUCAGCCUGGAUGUGGAGACAGUGUAAUGCCCGAACAAAAAGCCCCUGAGCGGCAGAGGAGCGUGCUGGCGGACGCCCGGAGCUUUAGCAGCUCUCCCUUGCCAGGCCAGAAACCGGGCGAGGAGCUGCCACGGAGAAAUUUCCAAAUCCCGAGGAAGACUAGAGAGCGGAGAGGCUUGUACCAGUUUCUGCCCCCUGACAGCCGGGAGUUUGAGGACCUUGUGAAGAUUGUCUCCUCAUUUUACCUAGACUCUUCAUCACGAGGAACCUUCUCCUACUGUAAGGCCAGGCUUAUUCACAAUGAGCUGCUGGAGAAAGAGUUCAUUGAAAAGCGGAGAGAGAUGAAGCAGGAGGGGCGGACCGAACAAGAACUGACUGAGUCGUACUGCUUCCUUUAUCCCGACAAAUCCAAGCUUCAGUGGAUCUGUGAGAAAGGUUUGUCAGUUGGGCACUCCAGGAUAACUACGCUAGGAAAUUCGUCUGUGGGUGUUUAUCUCUCGAAAUAUUCUGAUUUGUUACAAAUCAAUCCAUUUGAAGUGGGCUCUUUUGGAGACAUGAUCGUUUUUAAAGUUAUGAGGGGUCGAAUAAAGCACAUCCACGAGAACAUGCCUAAGAAUGCUAUAGAACCUACACCCAAGUUUGACUGUCAUUUGUCGAAAAGUGCCAAUAGGGUUACGUCUUUGCUGUCUUACAGGGCUUUUGAGCUCACACAGCAAUAUUUUUUCGAGUUUGCAUUCGAUGAGAUCAAGGCACGGCCCAGGCACGUUUGCCCCUACGCUGUGGUUUCCUUUCAGUACAAAGGCAAGGAAGCUGCAGCGACUCCAAUGACUGCACACAGGUUUAACACUAUUUCCCCUGAAGGAAGUAGAGGAAAAAGCUCCUACACUGUGUGGAGUGGUCCACUGGUGAACAAGGGCAAGGAGUUAUUCCCAAUCAGUUUACGAUCCUCCUCACGCCCAUACCUACCUUUCAAACUGCCUGAGAAGCUGGAGGUGAGUCGGGGUAUGCAGCUGGACCAGGUGAAGCGAAAGAUUCCCUCUGUGCUCUUUUGUUGGGACACCUACAGCGCAUCACGGGAAGUAAUGAAGUGUGGGAUGUCCUGCAGCCUGUUUGAGGUGGUAGAUGGAAAAGGCAAACCUACCAGUGGCAGCCUGACAGCACUGAUCAACAAACUGGAGAGGGACAGGAUGGUGCUGGUGAAGCCCUUGUUUGACAGGGGAUUUCUCUUCCUGUUGUCCUCAGCUCAGAUGGUUGAAUCCAAAGAGCGGCGGGGGCGGGAGAAGAACCUGCAAGCAUUAUUCAUCUUUCAGGAGUCAAGGAUGGUUGUCAAGUAUUCAUCCAGACUAUUUGAUCCAGAGCCGUUGACGGUGGAGCCGCAGCCUGCUACCCUGUCCUCCAUGGAGCCCUUCAUGCCUGCUCUGCACUAUGCCCUUUUCAAGUUGCGGCCCAACCCAGGGAAGGAUUUGAGCUCUGGGGUGGAGCGACAGGCCACUGAAUACUUAACUCGCAUGGAUUCAGGAACGGUGCGGCCGUUCAUCCUGCCUGACUACAAAUAUAAUGUGGACGAUCGGACCAACCCGCUUCCGGUGCCUAGACCCAAAUUUAACAUGGAUGCUGUGUUGCGUUCUUAUGUCCACAACCCUGCCAACUAUAUUUUACCUCUGAACAAAGCAAAGGACAUCAUGGAAAGAAUACGGAACCCCGUACCCAUCGCGGUUCCCAUUCCCCCGCCUGCGCCGGCCCCAGUGGAAUACAGCCCUGUUUCUGACUGGGGCGGCUCAGACAGGGGCUCGGACAGGUCAGAGAAACCCCCAGAGAGGCUAUCCCAGGAGAGGCCAGCCCAGGAGAAGCUGCCCCCAGACAGCAGUAGACGGAGGUCGGGGCUGGCCCAUUCAAACGGGGCCCAGUUGCAGCACAAGCCACACAUUGAGCCCCAGCCUCAGCCCCAGAGGUUGCGUCUUUCCCAAAAUGAGUAUGAUAAAGACAAGAUGAAACAGUUGCUCAAGCUUAUCCAACUCCAUAAAAAAGCACUAGUGAAGGAUCCCGGGAAGGAAAGAGGAGAGGACGGGGCGUGGGACUCCAACAGUUUGAAGAGGAAAUUUGAUGGAGAUGAGAGGGGAGGCAUGAACAAACACCAACGCACAGAUCCACUGAGCAACGGGGAGCCCAGUAGAGGAGCACAAGCAGAUGAGAUCGGAGAAGAGGGCGGACAGAGCGACAAUCUGACAGCAGUGAUGGAAAGCAUGGGCAUCUACGACACGGACCUGAGGGCCUGUGGCAACACCCACUCCUCGGCAGUCAACGAGACCCAGCGCCUUCUCAAGAUCCUGCUGGCCACUCUUAACAAAGCCGUGGCUCAGGGUUCAAUGCCUGCACAGUCAAACCACGGUGAACCCUCGACGGGCCCAGGAACGGGGGAACCUGCCUUCUCUGACCCAGAUCUUAGGAAACAAAAUGAGCCAGCAUCACAAACAAACUACAUCGAGGAGGACAUGGACUGUAGCCCUGGAAGCCCAGUCAGUGCAGGAUCCCCUACAGACCAAGCUCACACCUCAGACAACCCAACAUGGGUUAUCCCAACUAAUGAAGACAAAGCACAGCCUCUUCCUGAGCCGAAGCACCAUCCUGAGUCGGAGCCAGAGGCUGUGACGGUGGCAGACACACACCCGGAGUCGAAAAUGCCCACAGUCGUGGAAGUUAAAAAGACAGUUGCACCAUCUACGCUACCAGUGUUGGAGGAGCUUCCUUUCAGGCCCUCCAUCAGCCUGGACACUAUACUCAACCAGGAAAUUCACAGCCUCACAUCUGACAUUAAAAACAUCAUGCAGACUCACCGCAUCUGCUAUACCUCGCAGCUACCCCCGCGGUUGCCCUCCCACCACUGCUGGCUGCCCAACAGUUGCUUCUCAGAGUUUGUUGUACCCUACGUCACGCCUGUCUCCGUUCAGGGGGAUGUCAAAGCACUGUGUGAGAAGAUGGACAAGUUGAUCCCAGCCCCACCUGCUCCCUCCAAGGUCACUUCUCCACCUCCCCCAGUGACAACAUCUAAUCUUACAGCACCUUCCCCCACCCCCAUCCAGACUCCAAAGACUAAAGUUGAGCCCUCCCUGUCAAAGAGCAGCACUUCCUCUCAGAGUGGCAAACUAGGCACUGUCAAAGAGGCAGGAUCCACUAAGACUAAAACAGAAGCCGCAUCAGCAGAGUUGGGCGGAGAGAUGUAUUCUCCCUCUCAAGUCACACCAGACUCUCCAGACAACAACUCCCAAAACCCAGGCACUGCUCCUGGCACUGGGACCGGACUUCUGGCUGGCAGCCUCAUUGGUCAGCUGAAGCCUGAGGUUUUCAGCAGCCUGGUGGAGAUCUUUAAGGACGUCACAAAGAAUACAGUGAAAUUCUACAUCUACUCUGCGGACGAGGGGGAGGAGAGCACUGUCUGCAUGGAGAUUAAGGAGUACUUGAAGAGUCUUGGCAACAGCGAGUGCAGCCCGCAGACGUUUCUAGAAAACAGCGGCAGUUUAGACAAGCUCCUGAUCAUCAUUCAGAACGAGGACAUCGCUGCACACGUGCACAAGAUCCCGGCACUGGUGUCUUUGAAGAAACUGCCUUCAGUGAGCUUUGCUGGAGUUGACACUCUGGACGAUGUCAAAAACCACACUUACAAUGAGCUGUUUGUGUCUGGAGGCUUCAUGGUAUCUGACGAGUUUGUUCUUAACCCUGACCUUAUCACACAGGAUCGUUUGCAAGGGUUGCUGAAGUUCCUGGAGGAGCAGAGCACCCCCGAACACCCCUGGCAGUGGAAGGUGCACUGCAAGUCCCAGAAGAAGCUUAAAGAACUGGGGAGGUUGAACACGAACGCCAUGGGCCUGCUAAACCUUCUCACAGCCUAUCAGAAAAAGCACCUAGUCGAGUUCCUCCCUUAUCAUGAAUGUGACACCCAAUCACGUCAGGCUCCCGAUCUGGACUGUAUGAUCAAGCUCCAAGCUCAGCACACACAGCAGCGGCACCUUAUCUUCCUCACAGAGAGGCCAUUUGAGAUGUUCCUACAGUACUCCAGAAAUGGAAUAGUGAUAGCGAGCAUUGACGAUAUUAUGAGCGGUUUCCACAGCCUAAUUGGCUCCAUCAAUCAAAAUGAGCUUCCAACGCCGCCCUCUACUGUAGUGAAUGAUGAGUGUGUGGGAGAGGAGGACAUGUCAUUAGACUCUGAUGAUGGAGAGCCACCCACCAUAUCAGAUACUUCAGAACAGAAUCCGGAUGUUGAGAAGGAGAAGCCUCCACAGCCACCUCCACCGGAGAUGGAGGAGUUUCGUCCUCCGCUCCCAGACCAGCAGGUCACCCCUGAGAGAACUCCAACGCUGUCUGACUACAGUGCACUUAAAACGGCCAUCUCUCAAUUCAAAGCCUCCAACCAGAUAGGGAUAGGCUCUUCAGACAUUGGCAGCUUAUCCCCAGGAGGUUUUCCUGUGAAUCCCCACCAGAGCUUCCUGUGUCCUUCAGCUUCGUGGUCAUCCUACACCGGCUCUUCGAGUUAUGCGGCCUCCCCUGCCUAUCCCGCCUCGCCCUGCAGCAGCACCCAGGAGCAGGAGUAUCGCCCCCCAGUCACAGUUUCUGCCACAGUCCCAACGCCCCCUCUUAAGACCACAGCAGGACCUCUAGCCAAUCUGGCUUCCCUCCCUUUGGAGGUCAAACCUCCCCCUCCACCUCACCUCAUGAUGCUGGGUCACACAUACGGUUCAGAUACUGGAGGAGCUGGGGCUGCUGGGUCAUCUCCGCUCACCACCUCUCGCCCCUACCCAGACCACAGUGACACAGUUCAGCCAGGUUACAUGUCUGGUAUUCCUAAAAAUGCUAGCGGGACCCCCACGCAACAUGCUGAUAGAACACUCAGUGGACCUGGGGAGGGUGUGUGGGGGUCUGCAGGGACCAGCACUUGUAAGACUGCCAGCAGCCAGGGUGUGGUCCCCUCUGGCCCUUUAGACCCCAGUGGGCUCCUUAAGGGUGGGGAAGCCCUUAGAGGCAGCACCCCUGGUAGUCAGGGGGGCAGGACUCAGGUGAACUGCGCUGACAACCUUGGAGCUUCUGUGGUAGUUCCCACAGUGGCCAACAGGGGGGGCUCGGUAGUCAGACCUAAGCUGCCUCCACAUCCAGCAUGUGGUAUGGGUUAUGGCAGUAUAGGUGGCAUCCCUGGACAGAUGGACCAUGGGCCUAUGCGGGGUGCUAUGGGUCCUGGUGCUUCAGGGAGUUACAGAGGGCGAGGAAUCCCUCCAGUAGGACUUUGGCCUCAGCCAGGACGAGGACAUGAACGGGGGGACAGGACUGGAGGAGGACCCUGCUCUUGGGGUUACCCAACAGGCAGGGGUGGUGCACAGGAUUACUACUCGGACUACACAUACACUCACAAUUAUGCCCCUGAAUAGACAAUCAACUUGAUCGAAGGGGAAACACGAACGCCAUACUCCAGAGACUAUUAAAGCUGGCUGAAUGUAUAUAUUUCCAUGUCAUAAACACAUUGAUUUAAAUCGGUAAAUAAGGAUCCUGAUUUUCUACAUUAAUAAAAAUUGAUACAGGCAGUGCCGAGUGUCCUACUGUCGUGUAAACUGUAUGUACACUCUCUCCAUGUGAGCUGUUUGAGACCCUCUUCAAACCACUAUAUUUAUAUUUGCCAACAAAUGUAAAUGGCCUUCCAGCUUCUCGGAAUUUAUCAUGUAAUUUCUGUUUGUCCCGGUUUUGAAACCUGUUUGUGAACAAGGGGAAAGGCUGAUAUUUUUUUAAGGAAAAAAAAACAACAAAAAAAAGAAAAAAAAGAGUGAAUGAAAUUUCACUUUUGCUGUUGGUUUUCUUUUUUUAUUUUACAUAUUUGGUUGUCCUAAAUUCUAUUAAAAUAAAACAUUUCAAAUCCUG